GGCGCGGAGGGGGCGGGGCGUGCGGAGGCCCGGAGGGCGCGUGCAGCGGGAGGUGAGGCUGUCCCAGCGCGGUGCAGCGAGCGCCCCCGGCGCCCCUCUCUGGCAGUCCUCACGCCCCAGCCCCACGCCCGCCAUGCCCGAGCAGCUCAGCGUCGCCGAAUUCCUGGCCGUCACGGCAGAGGACCUUAGCUCCCCAACCGGGGCCACCGCCUUCGCCGCCAAGAUGCCCCGGUGCCGAGGGGCCGCACUGGCACGGGAGGAGAUCCUGGAAGGAGACCAGGUCAUCCUGCAGAGAAUAAAGAAGGCUGUGCGGGCCAUCAACAGUUCCGGCCUUGGUCAUGUGGAGAAUGAGGAGCAGUACCGAGAGGCCGUGGAGUCCUUAGGCAACAGCCACCUGUCCCAGAACAGUCACGAGCUGUCCACUGGCUUCCUGAACUUGGCUGUUUUCACCCGCGAGGUGGCUGCACUCCUCAAGAACCUGGUGAGGCCCUUCCCCGGGCUCAGGGUUCAGAACCUGAACAACAUUGUCUCUUUCCCCCUGGACAGUCUGUUGAAGGGGCAACUGAGGGAUGGGCGACAGGAUUCCAAAAAGCAGCUGGAGAAGGCAUGGAAGGACUACGAAGCCAAAUUGGUCAAGCUGGAGAAGGAGAGGGACCGGGCCAGGGUAACAGGAGGGAGCCCUGGGGAAGUGGCCCAGGACACGCAGAGAGAGCGGCGCGUCUUCCAGCUGCACAUGUGUGAGUAUCUGCUGAAAGCUGGGGAGAGCCAGAUGAAGCAAGGUCCUGAUUUUCUGCAGAGUCUCAUCAAGUUCUUCCAUGCCCAGCACAACUUUUUCCAAGAUGGUUGGAAGGCUGCUCAGAGCCUGUCCCCCUUCAUUGAGAAGCUGGCGGCCUCAGUACAUGCACUGCAUCAAGCCCAUGAGGAGGAGCUGCAGAAGCUGACCCAGCUCCGGGACUCCCUCCGGGGGACGCUGCAGCUUGAGAGCAGAGAGGAACAGGAGAAUCUGAGCCGGAAGAACUCAGGAGGUGGCUACAGCAUCCACCAGCACCAGGGCAACAAGCAGUUUGGGACAGAGAAGGUGGGCUUUCUCUACAAGAAGAGUGAUGGAAUUCGAAGAGUCUGGCAGAAAAGAAAGUGUGGAGUCAAGUAUGGCUGCCUGACCAUUUCACACAGCAUGAUAAACAGGCCCCCAGUCAAGCUGACUCUGCUGACGUGCCAAGUGAGGCCAAACCCUGAGGAGAAAAAGUGCUUCGACCUGGUCACCCACAGCAGGACAUACCACUUCCAGGCAGAGGACGAACAUGAGUGUGAGGCGUGGGUGUCAGUGCUGCAGAACAGCAAGGAUGAAGCUUUGAGCAGUGCCUUCCUCGGGGAGUCCAGCGGCGGCCCGGGGCCCUGGGGGGGCGCUGCGCUGGACGGGGAGCCCCAGGACCUCACGAAGCUGCUCAUUGCCGAAGUGAAGAGCAGGCCCGGGAAUGGCCAGUGCUGUGACUGCAGGGCUGCAGAACCCACGUGGCUCAGCACCAACCUGGGCGUGCUCACCUGCAUCCAGUGCUCGGGCGUCCACCGCGAGCUGGGUGUGCGCUUCUCGCGCAUGCAAUCCCUCACUUUGGACCUGCUCUGCCCCUCCGAGUUGUUGCUGGCCUUAAACAUUGGAAACUCGCGCUUUAAUGAGGUCAUGGAGGCCCAGCUGCCCUCACACGGAGGCCCUAAACCCUCAGCUGAGAGUGACAUGAGCAGCCGCAGAGACUAUAUUGUGGCCAAGUAUGUGGAGCACAGGUUUGCCCGGCAGUCUACGCCCGAGCCGCAGAGGCUCUGGACAGCCAUUUGCAACCGGGACCUCCUGUCAGUGCUGGAGGCCUUCGCAAAUGGGCAUGACUUUGGACAGCCGCUGCCAGGGCCUGAGGGGCAGGUGCCUGGAGAGCUCGCCCUGCACUUGGCUGUCAGAGUCGCCAACCAGGCCUCCCUGCCCCUGGUGGAUUUCAUCAUCCAAAAUGGCGGUCACCUGGAUGCCAAAGCCGCCGACGGGAACAGCGCUGUGCACUGUGCUGCCCUCUACAACCAGCCCGACUGCCUCAAGCUGCUGCUGAGAGGGAGAGCACCCACUGGCAGAGUGAACGAGGCAGGAGAGACAGCUCUGGACAUAGCCAGGAAGAAAGAGCACAAGGAGUGUGAGGAGCUGUUGGAGCAGGCCCAGUCUGGGACCCUCGUCUUCCCUCUGCACGUGGACUACUCCUGGGGCAUUUCCACAGAACCUGGCUCCGACAGCGAGGAGGACGAGGAGGAAAAGCGCUGCCCUCUGAAGCCCCCAACCCAGGCCCGCUGGGCCAGUGGGAGGAUAGACAUCAGCAACAAGACAUAUGAGACCGUCACCAGCAUGGCACCGGCUGCCUCUCAGAGCCCAAGCGAGGAUUGUCCCCCACCCUUGCCUGUCAAAAACCUUUCUCGGACUGUGGUCCAGGGGCGUGCAGGACAUGCCAGUGCAGGCCAAGGAACAGAGAUGUUAAGUAACAGGCCCAAGAUCCCACAGCUAAUAAGUCCCCAGGACUCAAACCCAGAUCAUUCUGAAGUCUCCAGCCUGAGCUCAGAGCCCCCUGGGGCCCCUGAGAGCCUGGGAAGUCCAGCCUCCUCCUCCUCCAGCCUCACAAGUCCUAUGGAACCCGGGGGUCCCAGCCAAACCCCAACCAGCUCUGAAGAGGGCUCCUGGGAGCCCCCAGGCCCCUCUCGACCUGGCCUGACAUCUGGAACCACCCCUGUGGAGAUGUAUCCCCCGGUCAGGUUCAGCUCUGAGAGCACUCGCUCCUAUAGGCGGGGAGGCCGGGGCCUGGAAGACUGUCCCCCAGCCAGGCAGCCUCCGCCCAGAAGGAACACGCCGAUGGGCCGGGAUUCGGGUGGCUGUGUACCAGCCCUUGGUCUGCCUGGCUCUCCCCUUGUGCAGGAGUCUCCUGGAAUCCGCUGAGGCUGGCAGCUCCCAGGCAUAGAGGGAUGUGACAGGGACAAGGUUGGCUUCACUGAAGGGCAGGGCUCAAGGAUUGGAGUUCUCCUAGCAAGUUCUGUGCAGGUUUUGCAAAGACUAGCUCCUUGCUGGGCCUUGCAUGUCUGAACUGUCCCCAUGCAGGACCCCAGCAUUCAGAGUUAGGACUUGAGCCCACAAGACUGAGGAGCUGAGAUGUUCAUUCUCUCAAGUCUUGCUCUCCUGUGCCUCUGAGGCUGGCCUCCCUUCCUACCACAGGCCCCUGACCCUGCCCCUGCCAGGGACACUGGGCCCUUCCAUCUAAGGGCCGAUGGUGGUUCUUUUCCCUCUACGUCAUUCCCUCCGAGAGACCAGGGAACCCUGGAUCUAAACUCCAGAGCUAGUUUCAGCUGCAGAAUCCUCAGUCCCUCCUCAGUAAGGGCUGUGUGUCUUCCAUCAGUCUGGGGUCUACAGGGGUAGGACCAGCUCACCUUCAUCAUCCUCCAUGCCUGGCCCAGGGAUUCCGCCAGACUAGGGACUGUCUUCUCAGUCAUUCGUUUGUCUAGUAUUCCUCUAUUGAGUUCUGCAAAAUGUCCAGAUGCCACAUGAAUAAGGCAAGGGUGUGCAGAUGGGCCCUUGCUGGGAAGCUAAUCCAGGAAGCUGGGCUCGGGAAUGGGCAGGGCUAGAUUCCAGGGGAUGGUCCUGGGCUCAGGGGCAGACUGACAAUCAGCUAGUUUACACCUGUUUGAAACUGCAGUUGUCUACAGCCCACAUCCAUUCUGACUGGUCAAUGCCCAUGCUAUAUGUAGCUAUUAAAUCAAUCUUCUGAAUAUCACUCCUUUUGAGGGACAGCACAGUUUUCCCAGGAACCUCUUAUGUAUUUCCUAGCCAGGAAAUAAAGUAAGGCUCACCCCCAUUUGCCUACUCUCCUUGAUUGAGCAGGAAGGAAAGGAAUGGUCUGGGAUGAUGGAUCUUCACUACUCUCCUCCUUCUCUUGGUCAGCUCAGGAGCUUUCCAGCCUCAGGGGAGGAAAGGGCCAUGAAAGGAGAAAGCAGAGUGGUAGAGGUGGGAGGGCAGACGUGCGGGAUCUGCUUCCCACUGUCAGAAAUUCCUCCGUGGCUUUCAGCCCCAUCUUUGAAAACAGACACACUAUCGCCCAUCACCAGCCUCUCACACCUCUAACGGUCACUGCAUGCUGGCCCUGGCAGGGACAGGCCAGGCCAAAAGGGAGGCCAGAGGGUGCCAAUGGCCCACACAGCAGUCUGGCUGGGGAGCUGGGCCAUUCACCCUGGAAACCAGACUGGUCUGUGAUCCGCAGGAACACGGUUGUCUUUGGAACUCCCCAAGGUUGAUUGGUUUGUUCAUCUCAGACUUGUUACUUAAGUCAUCUCUAAUAAAAGAUUUUUUUGAGUAAA